UUCUCUGUUACGGUCUGUUUGACAUUCAUGGUACCGAUUCGCACAUGGGCCGGCGUCGUGCAACGUCGCGGUACACACACCUUACAUUAAAAAAUAUCUUGUCCCUCCUUUUGUACAAGCGAUAUCUCAUCCUCGGUCGUUCAGUGUGGUGUUACGUGUCUCCGAAAUGACCACUUUGCGUAACUCGACACGUGCUAACUCGACAACCGAACGCGCGAUUUUUCCGAGAAACUAACGCUUAUGCGCGGCGCGAAUAAAUCCAUUUCACACGUGUCAAAGUGACACACAUGAGGAAUUAGUUUAGCUCACGUUAAAAAGCAGAUUAACGAGCGUGGUUGUCAGAAUCGCGCGUUUAAACGGCGACGUGGUGAUUCCACGGCUGAAAGCCGGGAAUUUCUGCACGCAAACGUGAACGCUAAUAAAUAGUGGCUAUUAUAAUUUGUAUGGGAUAUAUUCUUCUCGGGAGAGACGUUGGCACGGGAGUUCCAAUUUUUUUAUCCUCGCACGCUUCUCUCGCUUGCUUGAGAACCGGUUUCAUAUCGACCACGUUUACAUGCGCGUCUCAAAAAGGAGGCGCGAGACGUGAGUCGACGAGAAAGAAGCGUAAGGUACCUUUCGGCGAAGCGCAAACACUUUAUUUGAUAUUCGGCAGUGGAAAGGAAAGGAAACAGAGGAAUCCCGGCGCGAAAUCAGCCGAAGGAUAAUCGCAGUCCUGACUUGAAUCGCAAUUAUUUGCCAUUAAAUGUUACACCGCAGCGUAUCCGAUACGUUACGUGUAUCUUUGUCAUUGAUUCUCUAAUCUGCCCGAUUUCCAUGUAAUUCCCACGCGAUUUCCGAGCUAAUUAGUAAGGUUUGCGGAAGGUCUACGUCAUGGCGGGGUUAAAUGCUCGCUACAUGUCAACAAAGCUGGACUUAAACUUAGACGAAUGUCUAUUUGCUAACAUAGUUGCAAAUGAAAUUGCAGUGCAUCACGAUUUGAUAGCUUUGGCUUUAAAAAGAUACGGAUGUUUUUGGAUAAGUAUAAGAAGUCGAAUCGUACGAAUAUCAUAGUAAAAAGACCGUAAUGGGAGAUGAUGGGAAACAUCACGUUUUCUGGGAUAAGGACGAGGAAAAAGAUUUCUUCAUUCAGUGGUUGCCGCCGCCUGUCGUCGAUAAAUCUGUGCAGUUUUCCAAAGCGGCUUUCCGAUCUUACGGAAAUACAAUCGCGGCCAAUUAUGCAUCAUCGCCCGAUGACGGAGCUGAAUACUCGACAUGCGUUAACGAAGCGUGAAAUUAAAGAGACGAAUGUUUGUUAAGUGCGUAACGCGAUACGAUCACGGGCCACGGGUGAUUUUUCGAUCGUGCUUCGGCGACGAUUUGGCGUCAAGAUAUGUUCGGUCACGGUAAGUCGCGCGGUCAUGGCAAGCCGAGGAAGGGGUCCAACACCAAGAAGCAUCACAUUCGCAAUUGGAUGCACUCGGGGAAAAAGAAAAAGAACGAGGCUAACCUCUUUACCGUGAUGAUGUCCUCUACCGACUCGUCAUCCCCGGCACAGGCAUCGAUAUCUGCAACGAAUCUCGAUAUGGUGGACCACGCGAGAUUAGGCAAGAUCAACACGACUUCUCUAACAACUUCGCAACCAUUGAAAUCCGAAGUGAAACCACUCGCGAAGGCCGAUACCGAUGUGAUAGAGGAAGCUGUGCCGAUUGUGCAAACGACGUUACCUGUGCCGGAGUCGGAAGCGAAAAUCGAGAAGAAUGGUCUCGACUUUAACGCGAAGAAAUCGACCAACGAACCAGACGACGAAUGUCUGAUCAACUGCAUUUAUUAUACACAACAAUGUUGCGACUGCACAAUAGUUUGAGAUCAUUCAACGUCCUUAGCUAGAUAAAUGCCGAAGAAGCAGCGUCUCCCGACUGCUCGGAUCGUUUUUCGCGAUCUCGAGGCGCCUCUCUUCAACGCAAAAUUUAGGAUCUGACAUUGCAUUAAAUAUUGCGCGUUAAGAUACUUUGUGAUAACGUGAAGUACAAUAGUAGACAAAUUUUGUGAAUGUGUACGAAUGAGCGUGUGAUGUUCGUAAUAAUAUGUACACAAUAAUUUUUGAUAUUGUAUAUUUCAUCGAGCACAUAUUGUACGAUUUAAAGUGAUCGAUAGGCAUUUGCGUACCAAUCAAUUUAUAUUUCUAGAGUGUACUUCGCGGCAAAGGAAGUUGUACUUGCGAAUGUUCACUGCCAUUACCUGGUAAAAAAUCGUGUCGACAGACAUCGUAAAAGUCAAUUAUUAGUCCAUAAGUCAUUCCCUCGCAAUAUGUUAUAGAACAAGUUAAUUUCUAUACCAUUAGCAUGUCUUCCUAACAAUUUGACAUUAAUGUUUAAUGUCAAUGAUGCGCAAUCGACAGUAUUAACCGCGACAAUCGUCUAUAUCAGACAUUUAUAUCUGUUUAUAAUUCUGUAAAUUUGCGAGUUAAAAACAAGGAUCUGUAAUUAUAUAGGAGUAUAAAUCUUCUAUUUGGAAAUGAAAUUUAAUAAUAUCAAAUUUUCCAUAUUGGU